AUGAAGGGAACCGUCACAUCCAACAUCCCCCGCUUCCUCCUCCCGCGAGGCAUCCAAUCGCGCACUAUCCAAUACUUCAACCGCCGCAAUUUUUCCAACACAACAUGGCGUCAAGCCAAAGAAGAAAAACCCCGCGUAUUACCUCAACCAGACAAAUUCCGUCCUCCGUCCCAUCCAGCACGACGCGUUAUUCAGACUCGCAAUGGCAACAAAGUCGUGCGAGAACCAUUCAAUUACCCCGGUAGGCCGCUCACGGCCAAGGAGAAAGAGGAGCAGAAGACGAAGAGGUAUCCGAACAUGUUCCCUGCGGAGGGAACGGUGCUAUUUAAGUUUUUGACUUCGAGGUGGAUCCAUGUUUGGAUUGCCAUGGUAUUUCCUCCCAUCGAGUGUGGAGUCUUGACAUCUCUAGCAACAUUCACAUUCACCGAGAACUUUAAACGGACCUCUCAAUUCGCGCAUCUCCUCCCCCCCUGGUCUGGGCUUCUCACCUCUCCCAUCGACACCAUCUCCCAAGCCAUCUCCGUCUGGAAAAUGCACGUUCAACACACCUCCAUGGUAGCCCGCGAAAACCGACACAAACGAGUCGAAGAUGCCGAAAAGCGUCGCCAGUACCGCAUUGCGCAUGGAAUGGAGGAGCCGUCCAAGGUUGCGUCGCCGGUUGUGGAGGAUGAUCAGUCGCCGAUUGCGCCGCCUAUGGCUGCGGCUGCUGAGGCUGUAGCUGCUCCGGAGGGAGGCGAGCAGAGAGCUGGGCAGGUGGUGGUUGAGGGAGGGGAGAAGCGGGCUCCGAAGAGAUGGUUGGGUAUUUGGUAA